CACGGGGGGCCCACAGGAGGUGCCAAGUGGGGGCCCGAGGGAUGCUGAGUGGGGGGGCUGCUCGAUGGAAAACUACAGGCUGAGACUCUCACUUCACACCCUGGCCCUGGCGGGAAGGUCGAAAAUGCGAAGGGGAAGCAGAGGCAAAGGGAAAUUUCCCUUUCUCCCCGCAACCCUCCCCCACAGCAGCCGGGGCUGAAGCAGCCCGCUGUUGUCCGGAAGGAGGCAUUGGCUGUUCUGAAUGAGUGGCCAAGGGCCGUCCUGUCCAGCGCUGUGAAGACCUCUCAGGAACAGCAGUGAGGACUGGGCACAUGGAGGGGAGACAGACACUUGUUCCACAAAUACCAACUCGCCACUGAUGGCUGCCAGGCAGUGGGAUGUCCCAGCCGUGGGCUUCCUGCCUGAGACUGGACCCUCCACCAUCCCAGCCCUUGCUUCAGAAGACUCGCAGCCAACACCACCAAGUCCCCUGAGGCACCAGCAGCACCCUAAGCCAUGUGCCACCUUGCCUUUAGCCCUCACAGCAGCGAGGCCAGCUCCCCUCCCCAGAUCUCAGUUUCAAGCUUGGGAGCUGGGGGCGCCUGUCCUGCUGCCCUGGUGAGAGAGAGAGAGACCUUGCCCUGCCCAUCGUCUCCUCCCUGGAAGGAGAAGGAGCCGAGGUUGUGCCUCUCUUGCCGUCCUGCCCCCUCCCAUCUGUGGCCUCCCAGUCCUUCCACAGCUAUGGAGAGCAGAGUGGCGGUCCCCGAGGAGGGAGAGAAGUUGGACCAGGAAGUCAAGGACCAAGUGAAGGAGCGGGGCCAGUGGACCAACAAGAUGGAGUUCGUGCUGUCCGUGGCCGGGGAGAUCAUUGGGCUGGGCAACGUCUGGAGGUUCCCCUACCUCUGCUACAAAAACGGAGGAGGAGCCUUCUUCAUCCCCUACUUCAUCUUCUUCUUCACCUGCGGCAUCCCAGUGUUCUUCCUGGAGGUGGCGCUGGGCCAGUACACCAGCCAGGGCAGCGUCACUGCCUGGCAGAAGAUUUGCCCCCUCCUCCAGGGCAUCGGUGUGGCGUCUGUGGUCAUUGAGGCCUAUUUGAAUGUCUACUAUAUCGUCAUCCUUGCCUGGGCCCUCUUCUACCUGUUCAGCUCCUUUACCUCAGAACUGCCCUGGAUGAGCUGUGCCCAUUUCUGGAACACAGAGCGCUGCGUGGACUUCCUGAACCGCUCGGCAGCUAACACGGCGACCUCUCCCGGGAAUGUCACCUCCCCUGUCAUGGAAUUCUGGGAGAGGCGUGUUCUGGGCAUCACCGCGGGCAUCCAUGAGCUGGGGGCCCUGCGCUGGGAGCUGGCCCUGUGCCUCCUGCUCGCCUGGGUCAUCUGCUACUUCUGCAUCUGGAAGGGGGUCAAAUCCACGGGCAAGGUGGUCUACUUCACGGCCACGUUUCCCUACCUGAUGCUGUUGGUCCUGUUGAUCCGAGGGGUCAUGCUGCCUGGCGCCUAUGAGGGCAUCAUCUACUAUGUGAAGCCAGACUUGCUGCGCCUCAAGGACCCCCAGGUGUGGAUGGAUGCGGGCACCCAGAUCUUCUUCUCCUUUGCCAUCUGCCAGGGGUGCCUGACGGCCCUGGGCAGCUACAACAAGUACCACAACAACUGCUACAGGGACUGCAUCGCCCUCUGCUUCUUGAACAGUGCCACCAGCUUCGUGGCUGGGUUUGUGGUCUUCUCCAUCCUGGGCUUCAUGUCCCAAGAGCAGGGGGUGCCCAUCUCUGAGGUGGCCGAGUCAGGCCCUGGGCUGGCCUUUAUCGCCUUUCCCAAGGCUGUGACCAUGAUGCCCCUGUCCCAGCUGUGGUCCUGCCUCUUCUUCAUCAUGCUCAUCUUCCUCGGGCUGGACAGCCAGUUUGUCUGUAUGGAGUGCCUGGUGACGGCCUCCAUGGACAUGUUCCCCAGGCAGCUCCGGAAGAGCGGGCGGCGGGAGCUCCUGAUCCUCGCCGUCUCGGUCACCUGCUACCUGAUCGGCCUUUUCCUAGUCACCGAGGGAGGGAUGUAUAUCUUCCAGCUGUUUGAUUAUUACGCUUCCAGUGGCAUCUGCCUGCUCUUCCUCUCCGUGUUUGAAGUGAUCUGCAUUGGCUGGGUGUAUGGUGCCAACCGUUUCUAUGACAACAUUGAGGACAUGAUUGGCUACCGGCCGUGGCCCCUGGUGAAGAUCUCCUGGCUCCUCCUGACCCCUGGACUCUGCCUGGCCACCUUCUUCUUCUCGCUGAGCAAAUACACGCCUCUCAAGUACAACAACGUCUAUGUGUACCCGCCCUGGGGGUACUCCAUCGGCUGGCUCCUGGCCCUCUCCUCCAUGAGCUGCGUCCCCCUCUUCAUCACCAUCACCCUCCUGAGGACCAGGGGCUCUUUCAAGAAGCGCCUGCGGCAGCUCGUCACACCUGACCCCAGCCUGCCUCAGCCCAAGCCACACCUGCACCUGGAGGGCGGCCCCAGCCGGGACAGCAGGCCCUCCCCAAGGAAGGGGGGCCUCAUGGUUGGGGAGAAGGAGACACACUUGUAGGGUGUGGCCCGAAGCAGGUGGCUACGGGGCCAGGGACCUGGGUCAGGCCCCCCCUUCCACCCCAGUGGACAGCCUUCGCCUCCACCCCCUCCCACAGUCCUGCUGAGAAGCUCCAUGAUGCCCGUGGAUGGUCCCAUCUGGUGGUCUAGACACGGUCCCACUGGAGCACGCUGCGCCUGUCAGAACACACCAUCCUCUCUCGGAAGGAGGUGGUCUUUCUGGAGCCUACCCUGUUGAUAAGACACCACGGCGUGUUGCAGAGGGAACGGCCUCUGUAGAGAGCAUCUGUGCUUUAGGAGGGUAGCACCGGCUGGGAUACACACCGUGAUCUGAUUCAGGGAGCCUGAUGGGACACGCCGUGUUGGAUGUGACAACUGAACACCCGCCCCCCUCCCACCCUGUCGUUCUGAGGGAGGGGUCCAUCACCUGGCUUCGCAUCCUGGGUCCUCAGCAAGGAGCUGAGAGAAACAGCCACCAUUGUCUUGUGCUUCUCAAGACGUCCCAGCUCCAGCCCGAGUUCCACAUGUGCUUUGCAGUGCUGUCCUCGACGUGGGGUGGCAGGGGCUCAGGAUGGCCCCUGGACCUGGCAAAUACAUGGCAUGCCUGCGUCCACCGGCCUGAGCCCAGGACAGACGUUGCUAGCCGGUCAGAGGUUCUUUCCCAGCUCACAAUCUUCCAAAGACAGGGCUCCCGACAGCCCCGUUUGUGUUCCUGCAUUUGUCCCAACCCUGACUUCGUGGAUAAGGAAACAGAGGAUCCGAGAAACAAAAUGACUUUUCAAGUUCACGCAGCUCCUCAGGGCCAGAGACACGACUGAAGCCUGUCUCCUGUCCCCAGGCCAGUGUCCCUCCCACUGUCCCCUCCUGCCUGCUUAACAAGCGUGCAUGGACCGCC